AGUCGGAAGUUACGGUUGAAGCCCAGGCAGCCAUAAUUGAUAAUGGCAGGAGGCGUUUCCUGUCACCCGUUUGACGUAUACUUUUCCUGCAUUCGGUCCCCUCCGUUGCCCCAGGCAACAGCAGAGCCAUCUGGAAAGGGCUGCACCUAUAUUGUCUCUUGUAGUUCCUUCUGUGGGCAUUUUGAGUCAAGAAGUCAACCGUUCUCAUAACUACAGAUCAGAUUCCUAAAGCUGCAAGAAAAAGAUAACAAUUUUCAGGAGCGAAAGCACUGUACCCAGCAGUUUACAGAUGGCAGAAGUGAAGUCGAUGUUCCGAGAAGUCCUUCCAAAACAAGGGCAGUUGUCUGUGGAAGAUGUAACCACAAUGGUGCUGUGUAAACCCAAGCUUUUACCCUUAAAAUCUCUGACUUUGGAAAGACUGGAGAAAAUGCAGCAAACAGCGCAGGACACAGUUCGCCAACAAGAAAUGGCAGAAAAAGACAACCGGCAAAUAACCCACUAGCCGCUCCCGCUUUAAGGAAUCCCUAACUGUUCAGUGACUAGAACUAUUCUGCAUCUGUAGGCUAAGGAAUCCUAACUGUUCAGUGACUAGAACUAUUUUGCAUCUGUAGGCUAAAAAUGCUUAAACUGGUCAUUCCAAACUUAAAACAGAAAAUUUAGGUGUUUAAACAUUGGUUUGUGUUAAGAGAAAAACUUUGAACCAGGUUUUACGGAAUUUUCAAAGUUUUUAAAUUAUAAAUUUCUCACCUUGUUCAUCGCACCUAUUGUUAGGAGUGUAAGAAAUUAAAUGUGUCUUUGUGGAUGAAGGAUUUCUUUAUGUUUAUUAAACACCUGAAUCUGAAAAUAAACUCUUACUGUGAACAUA